UUGCCUUAGCGCUACAGAAAUGCACUUUUACGACAGAGCAGCUUUAUCACCCACCGCCCUCGAUAAUAUUUUGUUCAUCGAAUGGAAUUCUCAAAUCGAAUACUUCACGUGCAGUGAUGACCUCAAAAUCCAUUCCUGGGAUGGCAUCGCAAAGGAUAGUUCCAUUAAGACAAUUACUAUAAACAAGGGCUCGCAUAUCUUAGAUAUAGACUGCAUGAAUAUCAGCCAACAAAGCAUGGAUCAGCGUAAAAGAUCCAGCGAAAUGUUUGCCAUCGGGACAUCUGACGGUAAAUGCUACAUCAUGCACAAGUCAGGGCGUACAGAGAGGGUCAUUGAUGCUCACAAAGGAGCAGUGAUGAAUACCAAGUGGAAUCACGAUGGUACUAGCUUGCUGACUUCGGGUGAAGACGGCCAACUCAAGAUCUGGUCUAGGAGUGGCAUGCUAAGAAGUACCCACACUCAAGCAGAUUCGCCAAUCUAUUCAGCUGUUUGGUCGCCAUUCUCCACCGGCGUCUUGUACUCUUCGGGCAAAAUAAUGACUAUCCAGUCUUUUUCAGCCAAUAGCAAGACCUUGCAAUGGAAAGCGCACGACAGCGUUGUGCUCGUUGUGGCUUGGAGUUCGAUAUCGAAUCUAAUCGCUAGCGGUAGUGAAGAUUGCCACUUCAAGAUAUGGGAUGCCUUGGGACAGCUGUUGUUCAACAGUGCCCCCCGACUCUAUCCGAUUACAUCCAUCGCUUGGUCACCUGACGGAGCUUUCUGCGCCUUUACUACUUUCUCAUCUGUAUGUGUUUCGUCUGCCUACGGGAGCGAUAUACUUGAAGGAACUAUGGACGGUGAUGGAAUCUCUUCUGUAUGUUGGUCACCGGAAGGAUCCCAGCUGGUGGCAGGGAAUUCAAGUGGAAGAAUCCAGAUAUCCCAUCUGGUCAAAGGGGGCCUCAGUUGGGCCAGCUAUAACGUGACCAAGCUCGCGCCCAACACGCUCCAGCUGCGAGAUCAUUUCAACGAAACGGUCGAGUUACUCGAAUUUAGAGACGACGUCAUUCUGUGGUCAUUCAAGUACGGCUACCUUCUAUUGGUCAGCCAAACUCAUUGCUUCAUUCACAAAGAGAAUGGAUGGAACAGUCCGAUUACCGUCGACCUGCGAGACAAAUGCCCCCAGUUCAUCAAACAAACGGAAAAGUAUUUCUUAAUCAUGGACUGCGGCAUCCUAUACGUCUUUUCCUACGAUGGAGCUCUGCAGGGGACACCGAGAAUCUCUAAUCAAAGGCUGGCGACGCUGACGGCGGAUCACGUCACUGCCGCCAAAGAAGUGAUAGCAGCCCGGAGCCCGACUGAUGGCAGAUCGAUCCAUUGCUGUCACUAUCGCACUGGUAAACCGUUGUACGGCGACAAACCACUGGUGCAUAGCGGACAGGUGACCAAAUUGGAAUUGGAUCCUGGCUCACCAACGGGCGAUCAGCUUUUAGCUUUCACCGACGCAGUGCGCGAUCUUUACCUCCUGUCUUUAUCAUCAGGAUUAAACAGACUUCGUUCUUCUCUGAAAAUUGCUGGAGGUGUGACGUCGUUCGCUUGGAAUUGCGAUUGUUCCAUGCUGGUUAUGAUAAGAGAAGAAGAAUUGUGCGUGGUACCUUAUCCGCCAGCUGUUCCCAAUGAUCCAGCACUCCUCGACAAGUUCACCAUUCGUCAAAACAUCCGAGAAUACGGCAAGCACGUUACCAUCCAAAGUUUCGUCGGCCACCAAGUUACAUUACAACGCGGAGACGGGCUAGCCUUUCCCGUCUACCUGUCGCCUUAUCCAUCCAAGUUGCAGCAAUUCGUCUCGAACGGCCAGUGGGAAAGCGCCCAACGACUCUGCAGUUCCAUCAAAAUGGAAAUCCUUUGGGUCUGCCUAGCGGCCAUGGCGGUGCAUUAUAAGCAGCUGGACGCCGCCCAGGUAGCUUUCGCAGCACUCCGCGAGACGGAUAAGAUCCUCUACGUUGACGCUAUCAAAAAGAUGAAUAACGUGGCCAUGAUCAAGGCGGAGACUGCGCUCUUGCAGAACGGACGCACCGAAGCUGAAACUAUUCUCCUUCAGGCUGGGCUACCUUUGAAAGCCAUCAUGUUGAAUUUGCAGUUGUUCCAGUUCGAAAAAGCUCUUGAGCUAGCGGUCAAGCACGAUUCCAACAUCGACGUGGUGGUCGCCUACCGGCGCAAGUACCUCGAGCAAUUCGGAUGGACCGAAACGAUUCCGCGAUUCAUCGAAUACGCCAAGAAAGUCGACAUCGACUGGGAUGCCAUUGAAGAGAAACUAGUGGACGAAUGAUGACUCCGAUGUAAUUAUACAAUUCACCGGGCUUUGUGUGCCAUCGUAUUAGCAUAUUCAUACGUUGCCGUGCCAUUGCGAAAGGAUGCGCAAAAAAAGGAAUAACCA